AUGGUCGAGCCCUGCGAGGACAAGCGAGGCCUCAAGCGAUGGUGCUGGCGCUACCACGGCGUCAGCAUGAUGGACAGGCCUAUCCUGGACAGGUCCCGGCACUGCGCCGCCUUCGGGACCAGGAGGGGCCAGACCAUGGGCUACGUGACCAUCCAGUUGGGCGAGAUCCUUGCGCUCCUGGCCUACAGGCGGGACGACUUCUCUCUGCCCUGGCUCCUGUCCAAUCGAGUUUACGUGGGCAUGCUGCUGUUCAACCUGUCCAUGCUCCUGGCGUUCCUCUACGUGCCGCCCGUCGCAGGGCUCAGUGGCCUGCUGCCCCUGCCGCCGGCUCGGCUUGCGGUGUCGAUGUGUUUCGCCGUGCUCCUGUUCGUCCUUAUCGAGGUCAGCAAG